GCCGGCUCCGCAGCUCGCGCCCGCCCGGCGCCGGGCCAUGGCGCUGCUGCAGGAUGUGUCGCUGCAGGAUCCGCGGGACCGCUUCGAGCUGCUGCAGCGCGUGGGGGCCGGGACCUAUGGCGACGUCUACAAGGCCCGCGACACGGUCACGUCCGAACUGGCUGCGGUCAAGAUAGUCAAGCUAGACCCAGGGGACGACAUCAGCUCCCUUCAGCAGGAAAUCACCAUCCUGCGUGAGUGCCGCCACCCCAAUGUGGUGGCCUAUAUUGGCAGCUACCUCAGGAAUGACCGCUUGUGGAUCUGCAUGGAGUUCUGCGGAGGGGGGUCCCUGCAGGAGAUUUACCACGCCACCGGGCCCCUGGAGGAACGGCAGAUUGCCUAUGUCUGCCGAGAGGCACUGAAGGGGCUGCACCACUUGCAUUCUCAGGGGAAGAUCCACAGAGACAUCAAGGGAGCCAACCUUCUCCUCACCCUCCAGGGAGAUGUCAAGCUGGCUGACUUUGGGGUGUCAGGCGAGCUGACGGCGUCUGUGGCGAAGAGGAGGUCUUUCAUUGGGACUCCAUACUGGAUGGCCCCGGAGGUGGCCGCCGUGGAGCGCAAAGGUGGCUACAAUGAGCUGUGUGACAUCUGGGCCCUGGGCAUCACCGCCAUCGAGCUGGGCGAGCUGCAGCCCCCUCUCUUCCACCUGCACCCCAUGAGGGCCUUGAUGCUGAUGUCAAAGAGCAGCUUCCAGCCGCCAAAGCUGAGAGACAAGACUCGCUGGACCCAGUAUUUCCAUCACUUCCUCAAGCUUGCCUUGACCAAGAACCCCAAGAAGAGGCCAACAGCAGAGAAGCUCCUGCAGCACCCCUUCACGACCCAGCAGUUGCCUCGGGCUCUCCUCACACAGCUGUUGGACAAGGCCAAUGACCCCCACCUGGGAACCCCCUCCCCAGAAGACUGUGACCUGGAGACUUACGACAUGUUUCCGGACACCAUUCACUCCCGGGGGCAGCAUGGCCCAGCCGAGAGGACCCCCUCGGAGAUCCAGUUUCACCAGGUGAAGUUUGGUGCCCCACGAAGGAAGGAAACAGACCCACUGAAUGAGCCGUGGGAAGAGGAGUGGACGCUGCUGGGAAAGGAGGAGCUGAGCUCGAGCCUGCUGCAGUCAGUCCAGGAGGCUCUGGAGGAAAGGAGCCUGACCAUCCGGCCAGCCUUGGAACUCAAGGAGCUGGACUCCCCAGAUGAUACCAUAGGAACCAUCAAGAGGGCCCCGUUCUUGGAGCCAUCCCCCACUGAGCCUCCGGCUGAGGACCUUCAAUCCAGCCUCCCAGGAACCGCACCUGCACCUCUCCCAUGCCCUGACAGCCCCCCGCUGCUCUCCACUGCCUGGGCUACCGUGAAGCACCGGGAAGAUCAUGAGAGGUCAUCCUGCCGUGGGCUCCCCCCGACCCCCAAGGUGCACAUGGGCGCCUGCUUCUCCAAGGUCUUCAAUGGCUGCCCCCUGCGGAUCCACGCUGCUGUCACCUGGAUUCACCCUGUCACCCGGGACCAGUUCCUGGUGGUGGGGGCCGAGGAAGGCAUCUACACCCUCAACCUGCAUGAACUGCAUGAGGAUACGCUGGAGAAGCUGAUUUCACACCGCUGCGCCUGGCUUUACUGCGUGAACAACGUGCUGCUGUCACUCUCAGGGAAAUCCACGCACAUCUGGGCCCACGACCUCCCAGGCUUGUUUGAGCAGCGGCGGCUACAGCAACAGGUCCCCCUCUCCAUCCCCACCAAUCGCCUCACUCAGCGCAUCAUCCCCAGGCGCUUUGCCCUGUCCACCAAGAUUCCUGACACCAAAGGCUGCCUGCAGUGUCGCGUGGUGCGGAAUCCGCACACAGGCAGCACCUUCCUGCUGGCCGCGCUGCCCACCAGUCUGCUUCUGCUGCAGUGGUAUGAGCCGCUGCAGAAAUUCCUGCUGCUAAAGAACUUCUCCAGCCCCUUGCCCAGCCCAGCAAGGAUGCUGGAGCCGCUGGUGCUGGAUGGGAAGGAGCUACCACAGGUGUGCGUGGGGGCUGAGGGCCCCGAAGGGCCUGGCUGCCGCGUCCUGUUCCAUGUCCUGCCGCUGGAGGCUGGCCUGACGCCGGACAUCCUCCUCCCACCCGAGGGGCUUCCGGGCUCAGCCCAGCAGGUGAUCCAGGUGGACAGGGACACAGUCCUAGUCUGCUUUGACCGCUGCGUGAGGAUCGUCAACCUGCUGGGCGAGCCCACGGUGACACUGGCGCCUGUGCUGACCUUUGACUUCCCCAUUGAGACUGUGGUGUGUCUGCAGGACAGUGUGCUGGCCUUCUGGAGCCAUGGGAUGCAAGGCCGCAGCCUGGACACUAAUGAGGUGACCCAGGAGAUCACAGACGAGACAAGGAUCUUCCGAGUGCUUGGGGCCCACAGAGACAUCAUCCUUGAGAGCAUUCCCACCGACAAGCCGGGGGCUCACAGCAACCUCUACAUUCUCACAGGCCAUCAGAGCAGUUACUGAGCCAGUGGGCCGGCCUGGCCGGGGGCAUCCCCCGCCCACUCCAGGCCUUAGCAGCAGUUCUUUUAGGCAGAGGGGCCCCUCCCAGAUCAGAGGAGCCCAGGCCUCGGCUCUGCUGGUCUGAAGGGCAGAAAUCCUGAGAAGAGUUUGGGGGCUGGGGAGGGUAAGGGUGCCUACCCCACACCUCUGCAAUAACUGGACCAGAGGAAGCUGCUGUCACCUCCCCCUCCCCGGCGGGCAGCCAGUCCCCAGUGCCCCCUGGCAGGGGCCCUGGGCUGGUUGGGGGCAGGCCCGGGGCUAUCCAUUCCAUUCGGUUCCACAUUUCCUUUCCACUCUUCCUGCCAAGAGCCUGCCCCUGUGCUCUGUCCUGGGGAACAUGGUAUUUAAAAGAGAGACUAUAUUGGUAUUAAAGCUGGUUUGAUUUUAUUCCACUGGUCCCUCUGGUUUGGGGGGAGCUGAGCCCACCUGCCUCAUCUCCCUCUACCUCUCCCUCCAGGACACCUUUCUUUCUUUCUGUGGCACCAGGUGCUGUGGAUAUAACAUGGAAGGGAGGCCACCAGUGUUCUGGUGGCUCUCAUGGGGAGCCAGGCAGAGGUGAGGGGGAGGCCAUGGCCCUCUGUGGCAUCUCAGGGUCUCUGUGUCUUCCUGGGCUCCCUUGCUCAGGAUGAGCCCUCAGCCUUGCAGUGUGAGGUCUCUUUUGUGGCCAAGGAGUCAUGCAGAUGGGGCCGGGGGAGGCACUAAACAAGGGACUCGUCCGAGCACCCCUGUCCCAUAUGAGAUCUCACCAGGUAGCCUAUGGAAGGGCCCAGGAGAGGCCCGCCAAGGGCUGCUCCACCCAGCGCCAGGGAGGCUGCAGCCUUUGGAGACAGCCUGCCCUGACCUGUAUCCCCCACCCAGGCCUGGGGCUGCCUCCCGGCCUCCCACCUGCUGCCUGGAUAUCAGUUGCUCUGUCAGGCCAGGAUUACUGAACAUGGGUGUGCUCACCAAGCUAGACUCUGGGAAGAUCAGCCUGUGUCCAUUUAGCAAGAAUUCCCAGAGGAUCUCUUCAGUGCCUAUCCCUGGGCUCCCAGAGGGGCCCCUACCAAGAUGUGGACCCGCCCCCAGUGAGGGGAGCUGCCCUUGCUGGAGCCUGCAUCUCGAGGGCACAUUCGUCCACCUGUUGCUGGCCUUGUGCUUUGCAUCGCCAUUCUCCUACAUUUCCCUCUUAGCGGGCUCCACACCCCCAGACCAGGGAGCCCCCUGUGGCCCCAGGCACUGACCAGGCUGCUCCGUGGACAGAGACCCCUGACCCUUGACCCCAGGUACCUGGAGAGGACUUUCAGCCCACAGAGCAGCAGGCAGCAGACAGUGCCACCUUGUGGCAGGUUGCCCCAACACUCUAAAGGAGGGUUGGGGGGUGUCAGAAUGUAAUGUGCCAAAGCAGGGGUGCCUGGGAAAAGCAGGGGCCCCUGAUAAAAUAUUUGCUGCCAGCAGAGUCUGGCCACCAGCCAAAGAAAGGCCAAGAAGCCAGGGAAUAUGCACUGAAAGACCAAAAUUGUUAUUUUAUCUGUAUGUUUUUUAAUAGGUAGCCCUUGGCCAUAGGUACACAAUUUUUAAAAAAAUACAAAGUAAAUACAAUGAGAAGUCUCCUAUUCAGGUCCCAGUUACUUAUAAACCUUCUGGAAGUACUUAUGCAUAUUUAAGAAGUAAUGGUAUGCUUUAGUCUUCCCUGUUUCUUACAUACACGGUAAUAUAUUCCACACACUGUUCUAAUCUUGCCCUUUAAGAUCUGUCCUGGAGGGAAUUCCCCGGCGGUCCAGGGGUUAGGACUCCGUGCUUUCACUGCCGAGGGCCCGGGUUCGAUCCCUACCCGGGAUACUAAGAUCCCGCAAGCUGAGUGAGUGGCCAAAAAAAAAAAAAAUCUGUCCUUAAGAGCUUUCCAUGAUCCGUGCCUCCCACUUCGUUCUUUUAUAGCUGGUGUUCCACUGUAUGGGUUUCCCAUAACUAAUGUGAAUUAACUGUAGUUAGAUCCCUAUUGAUGGAAAUUUCAGUUGUUUCUACUAGUUUGCUAUUACAAAUGAUGCAGCAAUAAAUACUCUUAUGCCAUU